GACUCCCAUGAGGCUGAGCGCGCACUGAGAACGCGUUCUUUCCCCGGUGCCGCUAAGACUACAUUUCCCAGGAGGCAGAACGGCAGCGGGGUGUACGCGGCGCUGCCUGAAGGACCCCGGGGCUGUCCAUGCCGCUGUGCUGCCGGCGGACCUGGAGUCCGAGCUUCGGGACCCUAAGCCCGGGCCGUUGCCGCCGUCCGUGUCUCUACCGGAGCCCCGCCGCCCGCGGGCCGCCCCUGCCCGGCCGCCAGGAUGCUGGAGGAGGCGGGCGAGGUGCUGGAGAACAUGCUGAAGGCCUCGUGCCUGCCCCUCAGCUUCAUCGUUUUCCUGCCCGCCGUGCUGCUGCUCGUGGCGCCGCCGCUGCCCACCGCCGACGCGGCGCACGAGUUCACCGUCUACCGCAUGCAGCAGUACGACCUGCAGGGCCAGGCUUACGGCACCAGAAAUGCAGUGCUCAACACAGAGGCGAGGACAGUCGAGGCGGAUGUGCUGAGUCGCCGCUGUGUCAUGAUGCGGCUGGUGGAUUUCUCCUAUGAGCAGUACCAGAAGGCCCUCAGGCAGUCGGCUGGGGCUGUGGUCAUCAUCCUGCCUCGGGCCAUGGCUGCUGUGCCUCAGGAUGUCAUCCGACAAUUCAUGGAGAUUGAGCCUGAGAUGCUGGCCAUGGAGACCAUCGUCCCCGUCUACUUCGCCGUGGAGGAUGAGGCCUUGCUUUCCAUUUACGAGCAGACGCAGGCUGCCUCGGCCUCCCAGGGCUCAGCAUCUGCAGCAGAAGUUCUUCUGCACACGGCCACUGCCAACGGCUUCCAGAUGGUUACUAGUGGGGCCCAGAGCAAAGCUGUGAGUGACUGGCUUAUCACCAGUGUGGAGGGCCGGCUGACAGGGCUGGGCGGAGAGGACCUUCCUACCAUUGUCAUCGUGGCUCACUAUGACUCCUUCGGGGUGGCCCCAUGGCUCUCCCAUGGAGCAGACUCCAAUGGCAGCGGCAUUUCCGUGCUCCUGGAGCUGGCCAGGCUCUUCUCGAGGCUGUAUACCUACAAACGCACCCAUGCGGGGUACAACCUUCUGUUUUUUGCCUCUGGUGGGGGCAAAUUUAACUAUCAGGGCACUAAGCGAUGGCUAGAAGACAACCUGGACCACACAGACUCCAGUUUGCUGCAGGACAACGUGGCCUUUGUCCUCUGCCUCGACACCCUGGGCCGAGGGAAUGGCCUACACCUGCAUGUGUCGAAGCCUCCCAAGGAGGGGACCCUGCAGUAUGCUUUCCUUCGAGAGCUGGAGAUGGUGGCUGCCAGUCAGUUCCCAGAGGUGAGCUUUUCUAUGGUGCACAAGAAAAUCAACCUGGCAGAAGACAUGCUGGCCUGGGAGCAUGAGCGCUUUGCCAUCCGCCGGCUCCCGGCGUUCACAGUCUCCCACCUGGAGAGCCAUCGAGAUGGGCUGAGAAACAGCAUCAUGGAUGUCCGGUCACGGGUAGAUUCCAAAACACUCACCCGCAACACCAGAAUCAUCGCAGAGGCCCUGACCCGAGUUAUCUACAACCUGACUAAGAAGGGCACCCCUGCUGAUCUUCAGGUCUUCACAGAACAGAUGCAGAUCCAGCAGGAGCAGAUUGACUCCGUGAUGGAUUGGCUCACCAACCAGCCCCGAGCUGCCCAGCUUGUGGACAAAGACAGUACCUUCCUCAACACCUUAGAAUAUUACCUGAGCCGCUACCUGAAGGAUGUUAGACAACAUCAUGUGAAGGCAGACAAACGGGAUCCUGAGUUUGUCUUCUAUGACCAGCUGAAGCAGGUGAUGAAUGCCUACAGGGUCAAGCCAGCUAUCUUUGAUCUCCUCCUGGCCCUCUGCAUAGGAGCCUAUUUGGGAGUGGCUUACUUUGCCGUCCAGCACUUUGGUCUCCUCUAUAAGACAGUACAGAGAAUAUCUUUGAAGAUGAAGCAGCAGUGAAUUGGCCCUUCACUACCUUCGUCAAGCAGCACUGAGCCAGCCACCCCGGAGGGAGCAGCCAGGAGCUUCCGUUCAGUCCAGCCACAUCUCUGCCCUUUUGUCCCCCUCCCCUGCCCACCCCUGUCUGGCUCGGUCCUGCCUCCUGCUCUUCUCUCCACUGCAGGGCAGGGAAGGCAAGAGACCUAGAGAACCUUACAGGCCUGCCUUCCAGUCUUCUGCCUGCCUGCCCGCCCCAUCACUGGUGAGGCAGCUCAGGCCAAGGCCUUGCUGAAACACUGAACUGCAGGUGUCCUUAAGCUUCCUGGGAGUAUAGCCGAGGAGCUUAGGCCCACCAGGGACACACGGGUGCAGCUUGUCCUGGGUGAGCUCAGCUCUCCCCCUCGGAGCUCAUGUUAACAGUGCACACCUGAAUUAAAAGAGAACCAGAAACUUGAGGACUCUUUCCCAGGCUGGUGAUCCUGGCUGGGCUUUCUCUCUGCCUUCACUCAGAAGGUCUGGGUGCCCAGGGAUGGGGCCAAGGCAGAGGCCUGAGGGCCACCUGGGAGAAGACUGUAAUUAAGACUUGGGGAGUGGGGGAGAGUGCACCAGCCUCCUCCUAGUAUCCCUAGAGACCCAGCACACGGGGAUGUGAUGGGGAGACAGGUUUGGGUAGGAGGAAGGACUCCCCAGCACUGGGAGCUUGGCAGAGGUACAAUGGCUGCCUUGGGAGGGAGGGGGUUCUGUGCUCCAGGAAGUCUGGUGAUCACUGCAGCAUUCUAGGAGAAGCUCCCCUGUGGUGAGGCUUCAGGCCUUUUCUAGCUCUGAGGCCCCAGCUUUCCUCCUCCCCCAACAGCACCUCCGUGGGAGGGGGCUCUGCCUCUAAGAGAGCACAGCUGAGGGCUCCGUCCUCAUGGGUCCAUCCUGAGGGCAAGCACCUCACUCACAUGGAGGCAUGCCAUCUCCGCCCAUGAGCCUCUUGAGGACUUCCCUCCUGGGCCCUUCUGCAGCCCUGGGGGAGUUGGGCCUUUGUUCUGAGCUCCAGCAGCAGAGGGGGCAGGGAUUGUUGGCAGGCCCAGGUUCUAGCUCCAGUCAUGUCUCCAAACCUCAGUCUCCUCGAAAAUGAGGGCAAUGGACUCGACCUCUCAGGUACCUUUCAGUUCUGACCUCCUGGGUUGGCCACUCCCAUCUUUCUGCUCCAAGGAGGGUCCUUCCUCUAUGACACAUGGGAAAGAGAAACCUCCAGAAAAUGGCAUUUCUGCUUUCAAAUAAUUGAACCCCAGGCAAGAGGCAUUGGGUUUAUCUUGUGUCUCAGAAGGGGGCCACCGGGUGGACAUCACAGAGAGGCAGACUGUGAUUCAUUGUCGGGAAGGAAAUGGAUCACUCCAGGAGAUAGUGAGCUGCCUGUCACGGGACGUAUUCUGAGCAGAAACCGGGUGCUCACCUCUUAGGGAGGCCCUGGAAGGAGUUCAUGCACGGGGCACGAUUCCCUUCCACUUCCCAAGUUCCCUGACUCCUUUCUCUCCCACCGGUUUGGCUCCUUUAUUUUGUGGUGCCAACACCCCAUACAUCCAGAUUGGGCCACUGUCUGCAGGUUGACCUGUGGGGGCUGUUUUGGGGUUCUGCCUAGUCAGUUGAAGGCUUCAGACCUACCCAUCAGACCCAUUCUACUGGUUUUUACUGAAUGUGCAGUCCAUGUCCACUUCUGCAUACAAGUGAAAUCGAAGAGAUGGGCCGGCUCUGUCUUGGAAAAACUUGGGUUUAGGUGGGUGGCUCAGCACACAACAGAUAAUGGGAAGUCAGAGGAAGGUCAAGGUAGGCUGUAGGAAUCUGGGCCUGAAAUGAGGCCUUGAAAAACGGGUUGAGGAUGCUUGAGGGCGGGAUUGAGACCAGCCCUCACUGUCACCCCCUCCUCAUGCUCAAGGCAGAGGGUCUAGCACAAGGUUUGGCAUCAUCCACUGUCAUCAGAGAUGCUGCCUCCAUCUCUCUGGACAGGAGUGUGGGUGGUGGAUUUUACCAUCUGGCUUUCCUGCCCUUUACCCCAACUCUGGCCACCUGGCCCUUCAGCUGCUGAGCUCAGGCUGGGGCCACUGUGCAGCCACUGGACAACGUUCCUACAUUCCUGAACCCAUGCUACCUACCACGAUCCAUCCUGAAGGUGCCUCUUCUGUUCCACUGCUCCUGGGUGGGACUGUGAUGCGCUCCCCAGACCCUUGGUCGUUGGCAGCCUUUCCUACCAUAGCCCCCUGCCUGGCCUUGUCAGAACCUCUAAACAAGCCCUGAGGCUGCCCUUGGGUAACUGGCAUUAAAGCUCAGCCUAGUAGGGGGGGCCAGGAUGGAGUUGGGAAGCCCAGACGGUGAAGGCAUUCCUGCAUGCUGGACCUUGGCUUCUCUCAAAUGAAUGCACAAUCUCUAAGGCCCCUUCCAGCUCUGGCAUGCUGUGUUUUCACCUCCAAGAUGUGAUUUCUGGGGGAGGAUUUGGAGGGAGCAGUAGGAUGGGAGGGGCUACCAUGUCUCCUAUCACACUUCUGGAUCCCUCCUUUAGAACAUCUUUACACAGGUUCCUCUGGGAGCAAAAUGGGCCCUCCAUUCCAGAGGUCCUUGGGUGAUCAACUUACCCAUUAUGUCUUCCUGGCCCUUUCCACACAGAGGCUGGACCCAGCUCCCAAGGCGUGGUUUGGGGUGGGGGUGGGGUCUCCCUCAUCUUUUUUUAAAUUGCAUUAAGUGAGCGCUGAUGUGUUUGGACUAAGGAGUCUUCUGGCCUAGGGUUGAUCAGUAAGGUCAAUAGAUUGAUUAAUUCAGGGUCCCUGCAAACUGGGAAGAAAUAACUUGGAAAAAUAAAGCCAUAUUGAAAGAUC